AUGAGAAAUACUAAAGGCUUUAACAAACUUGCUGAAGAAAUCUCUGAAAUACAAGAAGCUGAAGUAGUAGAAGAAAUUGAAAUAUUCAGAGCAAUUGCCAAAGAAUAUUUCAUCGAUAGUUCUGACAAGGAAGUAGAUACUAUUCCUUGGAACCUUAGUACAGAAGAUAGUGAAUGGGAAUAUGAUGAAGCAAGAAUCGAAAUAACCUGGGCAGAAGAUAAUGAAUACCAGAAUAGUUUGUUAAGUACUAAUAAUCCUGAAAAUGAGUUACAACUGAUGAAUACCAAUGAAGUAUACCUAAUUGAUAUACCCCAUUGGGGUGAAGCUGCUGAUGGACUAGAGUUUGAAGAAAACAUCUUCACCUCUGAAAAUUAUGACUCCUAUCCUCACUUCAAUAAAAAUUGGAAUGAGCCUGACCAAAAUGACCUGUUUUCGGACUUCUCAGAUAUGGACAUCGAAGAAAAUGAAUGUUCCCAAUCAAUGAAUGAAUAUAUUAAUCGGGAGCACUAUGAUUCUUUGUGA